GAGCCUAACCAAGCCCGGCUUCCAUUUCAAAAAGGGGGAGCUAGCCUCUACUGCGGUAUGGAAGAGAUGUAAGAAUUAGGGAUCCAAGAAGCAUCCAGCGGUGCAACGCUGCAUUUCAGAGCCCUGAGGUGCGCACCGAUAUCCGUGCCGGUUUAGCGGUUCUACGACCCAAAGAGUCCAGGGAGAUCCACCGAGUGGUGCCUGGCGUGUAGGACCAUGCAACCGCCCUGUGGCUCGGAGCCGGAGCCGCGGCCCGCGAUGUCCCAGCCACUGUGAACCGUUUGGCCCGCGCCAACCUGCUCAGCCCAGACAGACUCAGCCUCUGGUACGCUCCACUCUACGGGAGGCCACUGGCACAGAACAGCAAGAGGGAGCAGGGAAGGCCUCCCCCCUCCGGCGGGGGACGCCGGGCUCAGCGUAGGGACACGCACUCCGACUGACUGGCACUGGCGGCGAGGGAUGUCGCCCUGGCCGAGGUGGCAUGGACCCGCCAUGGCGCGGCUCUGGGGCUUCUGUUGGCUGGUUAUGGGCUUCUGGAGGCCCUCUCUCGCCUGCCCCAUGUCCUGCAAAUGCAGUGCCUCUAGGAUUUGGUGUACGGAGCCUUCUCCUGGCAUCGUGGCAUUUCCAAGGUUGGAACCUAACAGUGUCGAUCCGGAGAACAUCACCGAAAUUUUCAUUGCAAAUCAGAAAAGGUUAGAAAUCAUCAAUGAAGAUGAUGUUGAAGCUUAUGUGGGGCUGAAAAACCUGACAAUUGUGGAUUCCGGAUUAAAAUUUGUGGCUUACAAAGCAUUUCUGAAAAACAGCAACCUGCAGCACAUUAACUUCACACGAAACAAGCUGACGAGUUUGUCUAGGAAGCAUUUCCGCCACCUUGACUUGUCUGAGCUGAUCCUGGUGGGCAAUCCAUUCACAUGUUCCUGUGACAUUAUGUGGAUCAAGACUCUCCAAGAGACUAAAUCCAGCCCAGACACUCAGGAUUUGUACUGCCUCAAUGAAAGCAGCAAGAAUACCCCCCUGGCAAACCUGCAGAUACCCAAUUGUGGUCUGCCAUCUGCACGUCUGGCUGCCCCUAACCUCACCGUGGAGGAAGGAAACUCCAUCACACUUUCCUGCAGUGUGGCGGGUGACCCACUCCCCACCCUGUACUGGGAUGUUGGGAAUUUGGUUUCCAAACACAUGAAUGAAACGAGCUACACGCAGGGCUCCUUAAGGAUAACGAACAUUUCAUCUGAUGACAGUGGGAAGCAAAUCUCUUGUGUGGCAGAAAACCUCGUAGGAGAAGAUCAAGAUUCUGUGAACCUCACUGUGCAUUUUGCACCAACUAUCACAUUUCUCGAAUCUCCAACCUCAGACCACCACUGGUGCAUCCCAUUCACUGUGAGAGGCAACCCCAAGCCAGCACUUCAGUGGUUCUACAAUGGGGCAAUACUGAAUGAAUCCAAAUACAUCUGUACUAAAAUUCAUGUUACCAAUCACACGGAGUACCACGGCUGCCUCCAGCUAGAUAAUCCCACUCAUAUGAAUAAUGGAGACUACACUCUAAUGGCCAAGAACGAGUAUGGAAAGGAUGAGAGACAGAUCUCUGCUCACUUCAUGGGCCGACCUGGAAUCGAUUAUGAGACAAACCCAAAUUAUCCUGAAGAUCUCUAUGAAGACUGGACUGCAGCAACUGACAUCGGGGAUACUACAAACAAAAGCAAUGAAAUCCCUUCCACAGAUGUUGCUGGGGAAACCAAUCCGGAGCAUCUCUCGGUCUAUGCCGUGGUGGUAAUUGCGUCUGUGGUGGGAUUCUGUCUGCUGGUGAUGCUGCUUCUGCUCAAGUUGGCAAGGCAUUCCAAGUUUGGCAUGAAAGGCCCGGCUUCUGUCAUCAGCAACGACGAUGACUCGGCCAGCCCCCUCCACCACAUCUCCAAUGGGAGUAAUACUCCAUCCUCUUCAGAGGGCGGUCCUGAUGCUGUCAUUAUUGGAAUGACCAAGAUUCCUGUUAUUGAAAACCCCCAGUACUUUGGCAUCACCAACAGCCAGCUCAAGCCAGACACAUUUGUUCAGCACAUCAAGAGACACAACAUCGUUCUGAAGAGGGAGCUUGGUGAAGGAGCCUUCGGAAAAGUCUUCCUAGCAGAAUGCUAUAACCUCUGUCCUGAGCAGGAUAAGAUCUUGGUAGCUGUAAAGACGCUGAAGGAUGCCAGUGACAAUGCCCGCAAGGACUUUCAUCGUGAAGCCGAGCUGCUGACCAACCUCCAGCAUGAGCACAUUGUCAAGUUCUAUGGUGUCUGUGUGGAGGGCGACCCACUCAUCAUGGUCUUUGAGUACAUGAAGCAUGGAGACCUCAACAAGUUCCUUAGGGCACACGGGCCAGAUGCGGUGCUGAUGGCGGAGGGCAACCCACCCACCGAGCUGACCCAAUCUCAGAUGCUGCACAUCGCUCAGCAAAUUGCAGCAGGCAUGGUCUACCUGGCAUCCCAACACUUUGUGCACCGUGACCUGGCCACCCGGAACUGCCUGGUGGGGGAGAACCUGCUGGUGAAAAUUGGGGACUUCGGCAUGUCCCGGGACGUGUACAGCACCGACUACUAUAGGGUUGGUGGCCACACGAUGCUGCCCAUCCGCUGGAUGCCUCCAGAGAGCAUCAUGUACAGGAAAUUUACCACUGAGAGUGACGUCUGGAGCCUGGGGGUCGUGUUGUGGGAGAUCUUCACCUAUGGCAAGCAGCCCUGGUAUCAGCUAUCAAACAACGAGGUGAUAGAAUGCAUCACCCAGGGCCGAGUCCUGCAGCGGCCUCGCACGUGCCCCCAGGAGGUGUAUGAGCUGAUGCUGGGAUGCUGGCAGCGGGAGCCACACAUGAGAAAGAACAUCAAGAGCAUCCACACCCUCCUUCAGAACUUGGCCAAGGCAUCUCCUGUCUACCUGGAUAUCCUGGGCUAGGGCCCUCUCCCCAGAUCCACCCUCCCGAUCCACUCCUCAGACUGGCCGGCACGAUGAACCUCUUAACUGCCGCUGGGUGUCCUGACCUUGCUGUCUGUCCUUCUGACAGUAUUAACAAGACAAGGAGCGGCUCUUGAGGGAAGCAGUGUGUACUUCUCCAUCCACAGACAGUGUUAACUCGCUUCUGGCGUUGUCUCCUUCUCUCUGCCCAUCCCCUUUGGUUUCUUUCUUUUUUUUGACCUUUCACCUUUUAUUUUUGGUCUUCCCUGCUUCAUGGUCCUCGGCCUCUCUCCUUGAUCAAUCUGGCUUCUGUAUUCCUAUUAACUGUACAUAGACAAAGGCCUUAAAAAACCUAAUUUGUUAUAUCAGCAGACACUCCAGUUUGCCCACCACAACUAGCAAUGCCUUGUUGUAUUCCUGCCUUUGAUGUGGAUGAAAAAAGGGAAAUCAAACAUCUGACUUAAACCGCCACUUCCGAUGUACAGACAUGGGGCAUUUCUAUGGAUUCACUUCUAUUUAUUUAUUUAUUUAUUUAUUUAUUUAUUUAUUUAUUUAUUAUUUAUUUAUUAUUUAUUAUUUAUUUAUUGUUACUCUUCUGAUUGUUUUCUGAUGGCUUUAGAUUGUGUAUAAAAAGGAAAAGUUGUAUACAAUCUAUGACAAUUUUGUCUGUGGGAGAUGAAAACCAGAGAGAGAAGUGUUUCUCUAAACUACACGAUCGAACUGAGACAACCAAUGGGGUCAUCUGGGGUCAGUCCCUGCUUAGGAAAACCCAGCAGCUGUUAGUGGUGAGGACCAUGUUUGGCACCGUUCCCUGAGGACCUUUCUGAGGAGGAAAGAGGAUGUUGAACUCUGCAUCAUGGACAGAGUUUCCAGUCACAGAUACUGGCCUGCAGAGGAAAGAAAAGAUGGCUUCCGUGGACCCAGAUGACACGUCACACAUUGAGACAGUGCAUUGUGGUUGGGCAUGAUGGUAGAGUUGACGUGUUCCGCAAGGGUUAUCUACCAAGCUUUUGUCAAGUUCAGUGGAAAAGAGGUAGAGUCUCACUCAGAUACUGUUUCGGGGUCAGAUGGGAAAAUCUGAGUCCUUGAUAAAGACAGGAGACACUCUCGAUUCUGAGGAAAGUUUCUCUUACCUUGAAUUUUUCAGACAGCAAUUCCCUCCAGUCCCACCCUCCACUCUCACCUGUCUUAAAACUGUGCAAAAAACUGUGCAUGGUCUUUGUCAAUACCUAUGUGCAGAAACUACUGCUCCAGCUGUGGUGGCCUAGGUAGGGCAGAUCCAUAAAAGGUCUAACUUAUGCAGCUUAGGGAAGGUAACCAGAUCAGCAGCUAAGAACACUCUACAGUUGGUGGUGAUGAGCUUACCUAAUAGGCAUGCUGAUACCUGGUGUCUUCAUCUGCCUCAGACCCACAGGAGUGUGGGACAGGCAGAAUCCAUCCCGGAGGGAAAGGAAAGCUCUCUUGGGGGCAGCACCUGAGUUCACAUUCAGUGUGUGCAGGUCAAGUCUCUUGCUCUGGGCUCUGUUUG